CCCCGCCCUGACCCCGGAACCCACCGACCGGCCGUUGUUGUCGGGGGACGGAGGGAAGGAACGGGACAGCGCACACUUCCUUCCGGCGGAUGUACCGUCAGCGGCUUCACAAUGCCUAAAGCACCAAAGGCUAAGAAAGGGCCAGAACAUAAAGUUAUCCAUCCGUACAGUAGGAAGGCUGCCCAGAUGGUUCGGGAAACGCACAAACAGGAAAGAAAGGACAAGAUAAAGAGUGGAAAGGCGAUACGUCUGAACAUAAUUGGUGAGAAGCUGUUGUGGUUUCAAAGCAACCUAGAGCCUAACAAGACUGAGUACAGUAAGCAAGAUGCCUGUGAGAUAAUAGAAAAGUAUUUGCACAGGUUCGAUUCUGAGUUAGAACAAAUUGAAUUGGCGAAUACUAUCAAAGGCAGACAAGGAAGACAGCAUGAAGCUCGGGAAGCCGUUCUCAAGCACAGCAUUGAACGUGAGAGAACUUUGUAUGAAGAAAGUGGAAUAGAAAUACCAGAUAUUAUCAAUACAAAGCAUCUGAAGGUCUUCAGAGAAUGGGAUGGCGAUUUAAAAAAGCUUCCAAAUAUGAAGAUGAAGAAACUGUCAAUAAAAGAUUCAGUUGCUUAUCAGAAAAGAAGCAAAGAUGAAAAAGGAGUGGACCCGCAAAAUGAGGUGGAUCAAGAGCAUGUGUCAGACCAUUAAGGAAACAGAAAUAAAAGAAAAGAAAGUCGAAGUCUCGUUGGGGAAAACCACUUCAGCAGCUGUUGAGCAAUGUUGUCCAUGAGUUAGCUGCUUCAGAUUCCUGUUUUGAACGUAUAACUCUCAAGGAAGUGUACAGCGAGCUUGAUUGUGGUAACUAAGUAGUCUCCUCAGCAUAUCAGACUUAGACUUUAAUUCAUUUUGAAUUAGCAAUUAUCAAGUACAUUUUAUAUAUUUGUGAAAGGAAGUUGGCCUAGAAAGCAGAAUCUAUUAAACGAUGGAAGUUUAAGAUGCUGCUUGUUUCUGUUGAUACUUCACUCCUGUAUUGCUAUUGCUGAGAAAGUUUCUUUCAUUUUCCCAACAUCGUGAAGAAAUUUAUUACCUUAGAUUUUUUGAUUGGCAUUACUGUGACCAAUUAUUGGCAUCAAUAUUCAAAUGUUGAGUUUGCGGCAGGGAGAUUGGUUGUGUUGUGGGGAGAAAGUGCCUGGUGGCUCAGUGGUUAGCACUGCUGCCUCACAGCACCAGGGUCCCAGGUUCGAUUCCAGCCUCGGAUGACUG